CACGCAUGCGCGCCGGGCGGCUGCCAGGAAAUGGCGGAGGUUUGGCGUCGCCGCCGCGAUGUUGUUGACGUUCCCCAGUCCGUCGCCUGAUGCGAGCCGUUCGGGGCUGAAAUGGCAGGAAACAUGAGCGUGUCCCAACAAAAUGACUGUAGGAGGCAGUCUCUGCUUGAAAGACUUCUCGAUGCUGUUAAGCAGUGCCAAAUUCGCUUUGGAGGAAGAAAAGAAAUUGCAUCAGAUACUGACAGUCGGGUUAUCUGCCUGUGUGCUCAGUUUGAGACUGUGUUACAACACGGUUUACGGAGAAGCAGAGGAUUAGCACUUACAGCAGCUGCUAUCAAACAGGCAGCAGGAUUUGCCAAUAAAACUGAAACAGACCCUGUGUUUUGGUAUUAUGUGAAAGAACAUCUGAAUAAACAUGAAUUGCAACGAUACUACUCUUUAAAGAAUAUUACUACAGAUAUUGGACGUGGCAGAGCCUGGCUUCGAUCUGCACUCAAUGAGCAUUCACUUGAACGUUAUAUGCAUAUGCUUCUUGGUGAUGCAAAUCUUUUAAGUAUCUUCUAUGAAGACUGGUCCUUUAUGAGAGAGGAAGAGCGUGCUAGUAUGCUACCUACGAUGGCAGCAGGAUUAAACUCUAUCCUCUUUGCAAUCAACAUUGACAAUGAGGAUUUGAAUGGACCUAACAAGCCAGUAUCUGCGGUUGCAAACUUGUUCAAGGAAUCAACUCAAAAUGUCACAUCCCUGUUAAAGGAAUCCACACAGGGGGUCAGCACGCUCCUGAAAGAAAUCACAACGGCUUCUGCAGUGCCCAGUUUCAUGCGACCUGAGCCCGAAUCUGACCGACUGCCAGUUCUGUCUAAAACUGUAACACAAGAUGGAAAAAGUAAAAGAGAAAAGAAGAAAAAGAAAAUGGUGCCAAAUAUCAUCUCAUUUGAUGGGGACAAUGCGGAGGAGGACCAAAGCUCUGCCGAACAAGUGAAAACUUCAGAUUUAACCAGAGAAAGUUCUGAGGAAAAUUCAGAAAGAUCGUCUUCAGCUGUUUCUUCAGCCAUGGAUUCUUCCAUGACUUUAGCUUCUUUUAGUCCUGAUUUGAGUAGAAAACCUGAUUUUAAUGGAAAACAACUCAACUGCAGUAUCUUGAAAACUGUGGAUGUAUGCCUUAAUGGUGAUUCCAAUCACAAGAAGCUAGAUAUGAAAAGUAUUGAUGAUGACGAUGAUGAUGAUGAAGAUGAAGAUGUAGAUAGAGAACACAUAUACCAAAAGAUCUCUCAAAGUAAAGAGAAUGAGGAGGGCAGACCUGAUUCUGAACAAUCUCUUGUGCAAAAUGUAUCCAUUUCUCAAAUGUCCAGCUGGAAUACUCUUCAAGUUCUGAAUGACAAUGACAGCUCUGACAUUCUUUUUCCAGUCAUGGCAGUUGGUUCCUAUUCUCAGUCUGAUGCCACUUCUGAUAAUCUGGUGUACUGUGAUGAACAUGAAAAUGUUAUUCUGGCUGUUGAACUUGCCCAGAAAGGAUCCCAGCAUCAAUAUAGUGCUGAAGCAGCUCCUUCACUUCAGGCUGAUAUUGGUAGUGGCCUUUUGCCAACUUCUACUGUCCCAGAAACCAUGACUGUUGAUGAACUACGUCAAGCCAUUGUAGCCAUGAUGAACAGAAAAGAUGAAUUGGAAGAGCAAAACAGAUCACUGCGAAACUUACUUGAUGGUGAGAUGGAACAUUCUGCAGCACUCAGGCAAGAAAUUGACAACCAGAAAAAAAAACUACAAGAGCAAGAUGAACGACAUGCUGCCAAAGUUCAGGCAUUGGCAAGAGAAAACGAAGUGUUGAAGGUGCAGUUGAAGAAAUACGUAGGAGCUGUCCAAAUGUUAAAGCGAGAAGGAGGCCACGUGAACGAUGUUCUUCCAAACUUACGGAGUGGUGAUUCUGAUAUUAUGAUCCCAGAACCUAAACCUGUGGUCGAUAAUGAUGAGCUGGCUAACACCUAUGAGCGAAAGCUAAUAGAGGUGGCAGAGAUGCAUGGUGAACUCAUAGAAUUCAAUGAAAGACUACACAGAUUACUGAUGGCUAAGGAGGCCCUUAUCUCACAGAUGAGGCAGGAACUCAUUGAUUUACGAGGGCCGGUUCCUGGUGAUUUAAGUCAAACCUCUGAGGAUCAAAGUUUAUCAGAUUUUGAAAUGGCUCACUGUGCAUUGAUAAAUGUUUGGAUUCCAACGGUAUUUCUACGUGGACGAGCUGCUAAUGCAUUUCAUGUUUACCAGGUUUACAUCCGGAUCAAAGAUGAUGAAUGGAAUGUCUACAGGAGGUACACUGAAUUCAGAGCACUGCACAUCAGACUACGGACCAAGUUCCCUUUGGUGAACACCUUUAAUUUCCCACCUAAAAAAGCUAUUGGAAACAAGGAUGCAAAGUUUGUGGAGGAACGUCGUAAACAACUCCAGGAGUAUCUACGGAGCAUAAUGAACAAAAUUAUACAAACACUUCCAGAGUUUACAUCCAAUCCUAAAAAAGAGACCCUUAUGCAGCUGCUGCCAUUUUGUGUUGAUGUACAGCCGACUGGGGAACCUGCAAGUAAGGCACGGUCAAAAGUCGCCUCUAAGUUUUCUAGAUUGAGCAGGACUCACCCCAGGGAGACACGAAAUCCUGAGCCUCAGAGUGGCGACCUUUGACCUGUGAACUGACGAAAGAUUCCAGCAUACUGUCCUUUAUGUGAAACAUCAGAUAACCUUUCAAUACACUACAGCUGGGUUAAGCUGAGGAAGAUAGAGUGACAGUGUUAACGUCGUGGGAAAUGAUUUUGAAAGUGUCAGGUUCUCAUGGGUCUUGUACAUUGUUGGUAAUUUGGAAUGCAUUAUUCGCUUCAUAGAAAUAUCAGUAUAAGAUAAGACUCUCUUUCACUUGCACAGUUUGAAAUGUUUACAGUCUGUAUUGAUUAUUUAUUGUGGUGGCACAAUUGGAACAUUUGCUCGUUACAUUUUUGCCUUAAUUCCUAAUGCCCUUUCUCAAGCACCAAAAGCAUGUCAGUUUAUUUGUGUUCACUUGUUGGACACUUAAUGACCACUCCUGUGUUUAUAUACGGCAUCUAAGGGGAUUAAAAAUUCCUUUACCGAUUUACAAAAGCACUGUUACUGCAUUUGACACCGAUUAGCUGGCAGAUAAAUAUCAACCAGAAAAAGUUUUAAGCCAGAUGUAAUUUAUUGACAUUGAGAGUUGCUAAGUGCUGUUUCUUUCACCACCUUUUUAAAAACAAAAAUGGAUUGAGUAUGAGUUUUAUUUUGUUAAUAGAAUCUUCAAUAUCAACUGGAAAUCCAUUUAUUCAGAACCCAAUUUUAUAAUAUAAAAUGUGUAUAGUUCCCAACUCUAAAAUUCAUGAUAAUCACCUGGUUAUAAUCUCACAAUUUAAUUCCCAAAUUUGGUUCUUUAAACAUUUCUCAUCAGUCACUGUACAUUUGUAUUGUUAUACGCUGGGAAAUGAUUGCAGCUGCAUUGAUAAAAGUAUUGUCCACUCAUACUAAUUCUUCUGAGAAUGUGGUAAGGUUCGCAGUGAUAAUAUGCUUCUUAUGCACAAAUAAUGACUAAUCCAAAGACAGAUAUUAAUAUAGCAUCUUAGCUUUGUUACAAGACUUUUACAAAAUAAUGUUGAACUGAAACUUCGUUUCUCAGUAAGGAAGGGAAAUCGAGAUACAUUUUUCACUAAUGCACAAAGCUACGACUGGUGCUCUGUACUCGAUGCGCCAUUCCUAGUAUGUGAAGACAUGAUUUAGGCACUACAGUUAGAUACAGUUUACUAUCUGCCAAUGUAGAGAAUGUUUCUUUUAAUCUGAGAUGAUUAAUAAACAGUAUUGUUUUCCAAUU